UUCCUCCUCCUCCACUUCCUCUUCCUCUUCCUCCUCGCCCUUCUUCUUCGGGAAACUUCCGUGGGCAGACCGAUCGCCUCAGAUUCUGAUUCAACAUUUGUUUUUUUUUUCUUUUAUUCUCUCUCUGCGCACCUCCCUCCCUUCCUCCGGCUCAAAUCCCCUCCUAUUUCUUCUCCGGCUGUGGAUCUUUUUGCCGCGAUCAUCGCAGAUCUCCCUUCCCGAAGGAGGCGGGCUGGGUCUUGUUGCUGGAUUCAUGCCCACAUCUGUCGGGGGACUUUUCUUCUUCCCGUCCUUACAGAUCACAGGAGAUUUGGUCGCAUUGCUUGCUCCCGUCGUCCAGUUGUGGUGCUGGAUGUGAUUCUCUCUCUUCGGGAUGGCGCAGUAGAAACCUGCGAAGGCGAGAGGGGAGGAGAUAGAGGGAGGGAAAUUUUAGGAUGGAGGAUCCGUCCUUGUACAGUCACAGUCCGGCCCAUCUUGCUGUAUUACGAAGAGAUCACGUUGCCCUCAAGCGGAUCGUUGCCGAACUCCCUGACCUCCCCAAGGCUGGGGAGGUCACCACUGAGGAGGAAUCCCUUGCUGGUGAACUCACAGCUGACGCAGUCUCUGCGGUCAUUGAUCGCCGCGAUGUUCCCCAUCGGGAGACCCCUCUUCACCUUGCUGUCCGGCUUCGAGAUCCUAUUUCCUCUGAGAUUCUCAUGUCAGCCGGUGCAGAUUGGUCUCUUCAGAAUGAGAAUGGCUGGUCUGCGCUCCAGGAGGCUAUUUGCACCCGUGAAGAUUCUAUUGCCAUGAUUAUUGCUCGGCGCUACCAACCCCUUGCUUGGGCUAAGUGGUGCCGUCGACUCCCUCGCAUUGUUUCAUCCAUUGAACGGAUCCAAGAUUUCUAUAUGGAGAUCACAUUCAACUUUGAGAGCUCAGUGAUCCCAUUUAUUGGGAGGAUUGCACCAUCUGAUACUUAUCGAAUUUGGAAGCGAGGUGCAAAUCUCAGAGCUGACAUGACAUUGGCAGGGUUUGAUGGAUUCCGAAUCCAGCGUGCUGAUCAGACGGUCCUCUUCCUUGGUCAGGGUGCUCCUGCUGAGAAUGGGCAUCCACAGCUGCCUACUGGCUCUCUAAUUGUGCUUGCUCAUAAGGAGAAAGAGAUCACAAAUGCACUUGAAGGAGCUGGAGCCAAGCCCACAGAAAAAGAGGUGGCUCAUGAGGUUGCUUUGAUGUCUAAGACGAAUAUGUUCAGGCCGGGGAUUGACGUAACUCAAGCUGAACUCAUUCCUCAUCUCAGUUGGCGGCGACAUGAGAAAACUGAAAUGGUUGGGAAUUGGAAAACAAAGGUCUAUGAUAUGCUUCAUGUGAUGGUGAGUGUGAAGUCAAGAAGGGUCCCUGGUGCUAUGACCGAUGAGGAGUUAUUCACCAUGGACCAUGAAAGGAGGGUCAAUGGUGCAGAUGUUGAUGGAGAACUCAAUGAGAUAUUAACACCAGAGGAGAGGAUGCAGUUGGAUUCAGCACUUCGGAUGAAUAAUUCUCAGGGUUUUGAUAAAUUGGAAGGAAAUAAUGGGUUACAUGACAAUCUAGUAAAUUCUGAGUCAAGUGGUGUUACCAAGGAGAAGAAAAAUUGGUCAGUAUGGAGUAACAAUAAGACGUCAAAGAAUGAUGGUGCUGAGGAUACAGCUGGCCUAAAAACUAAAAACUCAAAGUUUCCAGAGAAUGGACAUCACAAAACGAAAUUAGCAAAGGAUACAGGAGAUGCUAAGAAGGGGAAAGAAAAAGGCACUAAGAAGAGUGGUCACAACGAAUCUAGCAAACAUGAAAGUGAAUUCAAGAAGGGUUUGAGACCAAUUUUGUGGUUGACUCGUGAUUUCCCUUUGAAAACAGAUGAGCUACUUCCUCUACUUGAUGUCUUAGCUAACAAGGUCAAGGCAGUGAGGAGGCUCAGGGAGCUUUUGACCACAAAGCUGCCUCAAGGCACAUUUCCCGUUAAGUUGGCCAUUCCAAUCGUCCCUACUAUCCGGGUCCUCGUCACCUUCACUAAAUUCAAAGAGCUCCAACAAUCUGAUGAAUUCUCAACCCCCCCUUCAAGCCCUACCCUUCUUCAGGAAAGCAAAGCCAAGGAAACAGAAGAAUCAGAAUCAGAUUCCUGGUAUUCAUGGAUGAGAGGCAACCGAAGUGGGCAGACUAGUGAUAGCAAUGAUGUGCAAAGCUUGAAAGAUGAAAUCGAUCCUUUUCAUAUUCCUUCAGAAUAUACCUGGAUCGAUGCAAAAGAAAAGAAGCGUCGACUGAAGGCCAAGAAGCGAAAGAACAAGCCAGUUGCCAGUAGAAAGCAAUCCUCUAAAAGUUCAGACGAUCACCAGUUGGUGGAUGGUUUCGUAUAACAAAUGGAGUUAUACAUCAGGUAAUUAGGUGAUCUAACAAGGGAUUGCUUAAUAACUACAUGCUUUUGUAGUUCCAGUCUCUGAAUGGCGCUAGUAAAUGGCAGUAUAGCGUACGGCAGCAGUCCUCGAUACGCUCUGCAUUUCUAGUUCGAUAAUGACAGUUAGAAAUCUCUGUCGCAGAAUUUCUCUUCAUAUUUCUAGUUCAUAUUUGUAAGAUGAGCAUUGGUUACAACCCUGAAUUCUCAGGUGCUCAUACAAUCAACCAGUUGUGUUAAUUUCCACAUUAUCGAACUAUGUACUUAUUUUUGUCUAGAGUUUUACUCCAUCUCUGUAUCUUCUUACUGUUGAUUGUAAUUUAAAUAAUUUGUUUUAUUAUGAAAUUUAUUAGCCAUUUCUUGAACA